AUGUUCGGCGGCAGCUACUUCGGUGCACGAAGCGGCUAUGGUGGGGGAAGCGGCGCGGUAGAACCUGCUGGCGAGGAUGGGCCGUGUGCCGGUGUGCAGGCAUCGCAGGGCCACGGUGGCUUCAUCCCUGCUGAGGAUGACAACGCUGGGCCAGGCAUGCAGCCAAAUCCAGUUUCCGGCAAGACAGCAUCGCAGACGUUAACUCCUGUCACCGUUCGUAUGCUGCUGGAUGCUGCGGCCUCCAGUGGCCAGCAUGGCCCGGACUCUCCAUUCCGAGUAAAUGGAGGCCGGGAGCUCCAGCUGUUGACGGUCGUGGCCUGCGUAGAGGACAUCAAAGUUCAGGAGAUCGGCAUCUGUCUAACGCUAGACGAUGGCACGGGCAGAAUUCGCUGCAACGUGUACCCCGACAGCGAUUCCGCAUCUGGUCCAGAACUACAGAAGGGAGACUACAUCCGCAUCUUCGGCUCUCUUGGACACUGGGACAAACAGGAGGGUAUCAGGGCACGGGGCAUGGUGAAAGUCGAGUCUGCCAACGAGAUUGCUUACCACACUAUAGAGGUCGCCCAUGUGCACCUGAGUGUCAGUGGAAAGUUGGUCAGGUCGAGCGCCUCAGGGCGGGCCAACCACAGCUCCCCCAUGCCAUCGAUGCCAAGGACGGCGUUGCCCGCCACGCAUGCGCAGCAGGUCGCCCCGACGCAGCCAGCACAGUUCGCCGGUUCGCAUCACGCACAGACGCCCACGGCAGCGUCAAGGCUUCAGCAUAAUCUCGCAGGACCGGUGAACCCAGGAUAUGCAUCCCACGGAGGCAACAUGCCGGCGCAAAUAACGUCCCGUGUGCAGCAGCCAUCCCACGGUGGCCAGCUGGAAAUCGGUGCACAGACUUUCCACCCGGCCCCAGCAAUUCAUAUGCAGAGGCCUCAGCCACAGAUGCAGAGUGGUUAUGGAGGCGCAACAGGCGGAGCUGCACAGGCCAGGACAUCACCUUUCCAAGGUGGACUAGGCGGGCACCAUCAGCCUGCCACAAACAUGCCGCCGCCAGGAGGGGCUCUCGGCAGCAGUUUAUAUAAUGGUGGAUCCAAUGUUAACAGUCUCUAUGGCGGAGGCAAGUAUUGUAACCCAGGGGCACCGAAGACCCAUACUAAGUUAGAAGAGAAGCUCCAGAAGCUGAAAGGCUUCGUGUUCACGUUGCUUCUGCUAGCCGCCGCCAGCGUGUCCAAAGCAGAGGACUUCCUCUAUGCUGGAGCAACGACUUUGGCACCAACUCCUGCUGGGAAGGAGUCGCAGACGCAUUUCGAGAACACGCUACCAGCAGCGAAGUUUGUGUCCGUUGGUGAGGCCGCGCCGCGGGGUGGCCUACCCAGUGCGAACGUGCGAGGUGUGAAAGUCGCUGCAGCGCUAGCUGUCCAGUCCGGCAGCUCCAAUGCAUCUGCGACACCAGCGGCAACAGCAACCACACCUCAACCAGCUGCCACGGCUACCACGCCACCUGCGCAAAUCGCUGCAGCAGCAGCGCUUGGGCCCAGUAACAAGACAGCGAAACCAGUGCAGGAGACUGCCCCGGCGGUGCCCGUGCACGGUGGCCAAGCACCCAGCGGCAAGUUAAAAGCCAGAUCUGCUGCGGAUCAAGCCGCGCACCCGGUCAGCAUCACGCCAGUCUCCGUGCCACCUGUGCAAGCAGCCACACCGCAGCCCGCAGAAACUGCGGUGCAGGCUCCACAAGGCAGCUCACCUCCCCUGGAGAAAGCUAGCGAAAAGCCAAUCGAAAAGCCAAUCCCUGCACAGCUCCCCAAGCCAGAGAUGGUUGCGGCAGCACCCAGUGAGCUUUCAGGGACUCCGGCCCCGAGCUCGAAGCCCUCGCUUCCGGCUGCUGCGGGAGGGAGUCCCGCCCAUCUGCAGCCUACGCCAACCAUGGCGUCUGCAGGUGCGCACAGCAGAGCUGCAGGUCGGUUUCCGAAAAUAGGGGACCCUAAUACAGCACCCUAA